AUGACAGAUGCCUCAAUGAAUGAUGUUGGCCCUCCCGUGUUCAUCCAGAUCGAGGGCACUUGCGAACUUUUGGGCGAAUUUGGCGCCUUUGGGUGGUGGCUGCAGGGUCUUCUGGGUGUAUUGUCCUUCGGUUCGCUCCUAGCUAAGCGCUGGAGAGAGCGGCCCAGAAGGACAUGGAAGGUUUUUAUUUUCGAUUGCGCGAAGCAGGCAUCGGGCGGUUUUUUCAUCCACUUGCUAAACUUGGGUGGCGCGGGGCUGAUGGCCGCAAUGUUUAAACAGGAUGUUUGCGUUUGGUACUGGAUUAACAUCAUAGUGGACACCACCCUAGGCGUCUACGUUCAAUACGUAUUCCUUCGGGCUGCCCGCCGCUUCCUGAAGGGCGCCGCCUGCUUGGACUAUGGAGAGUACGGGAACCCCCCGCGGUGGUCAUCGUGUUUUACGCAAGCGCUUUCAUGGCAGGCGUUUUGCUUGCUCAUGAAACUCAGUGCCUCCAUCUUCAUGAUAGCAUUCCAGGGCCCUCUUGGUGAGCUGGGGGCUUCUUUGGAUGCGAAUCCAAACGCCAAACUGUUCGUGGUGAUGGUCGCGACCCCGCUGCUUAUGAACUGCUUGCAAUAUUGGCUCACCGACAGCUUCAUUAAGAAGAGCAUACUUCCCAACGUGCGGACCAUCCUCACAACCCAUGGCCUUUUUGAGCAUGUCCUGGAACUUCCUGCUGUAUCUGCUUGUGCAUCGCAGUCGGGACAUCCCCAUUUACAAUGUAGUUCAAACAACAGAAGAAGAUGUACCCACGAGUUGCAGCCGCCGCGAGUAGUGCAGCGGAUGCGAACUGCAAGGAAAGCCUGGAUUGUGAAACAAAAUGUCAACUCGAUAAACAUCAGCCCCAUGAUGCUUGGGUCAGGAGGAGUGAGCAUUUCUGCAAAAGCUAGAGAUGUAGACACAUAUGGGGCAUCUUCCAGCACACUUGAAGAAUGUGGUCCUGAUAAUAUGACUGCAGCAAGUAGGUUUGUAUACGUUGGCUUUGGUGGAGGCACAUGUAGAGCUUUAUUUCUCAUACAGGUCGGACAGGCGGCAAGAAGCAGCAAGAGUAUGGCUUUUGUGCACAUCUCUACGUGGCCUUCAAAAUUGCCACAUUGCUUGCGUACAGAUAGUAGCUAUAGAAUUCAGUGUGGCUGCAGGCUGGCAGCUCUGAUGCGCUGGCAGUUCUCUCUGGAUUUUAGGGCAGUCAGCCCGCGAGUAUUCGCAUCUAGGAAGUCUGGCAGAUCACAUGUUCAUCCUGAACGUGGCAGACAGUUGUUACUCUUAGAGCCGUGGUCUGCCUAA